AUGCCUGGCUUCAAGUUGCUGCAAAGUGUCAACGUUUUGCGCAAAGUGUCCUUUGUCUCGGCUGGUGGAGAUCACGCCUUGAUCUUGCUUGAGAACGGUGACGUGUUUGCUGCGGGUGAUAACCGGCAGGGACAGCUUGGUGUGGGCCACAACAAGGCUGUGCAAUCUGCCGUGAGAGUUGGUUCGGAUGCGCCCGUCAAGGUUGUUGCAGCUGGCUGCACUCACUCCUUGCUGGUCACAGAGAGUGGUGAUGCAUAUGCAUUCGGUGACAACAAUCAUGGCCAGUUAGGUACUGGGACCACCAGGAGUUUUUUCUUCCCUGUCAAAAUGCGGACAGAUACUCUACCCUCCAAAAUUGUGUCAGCAGCUGCUGGCUGCUGGUUUUCUUUGCUUCUGCUUGAGUCUGGCGCUGUCUACGGAGUUGGGCAAAACAGCUUCGGGCAGUUGGGCGUUGGACACGGUUCUGGCUUUCAUUUGGUACCCGUUCAGAUGCAGAUCGAUGGCCAAGUAAUUGCUGUUGCAGCUGGCUGCACGCAUUCCUUGACACUGCUGGCUACUGGGGAGGUCUUCAGCACUGGUGACAACAUUUAUGGCCAGCUUGGGCUUGGCAACAACAGGGAUCAGCAAGUGCCAGCGAGGAUGCUUGGAGGUCUCAAGGCUGUUGCCAUUGCAGCCGGAACAUAUCACUCUGUACUGUUGUUGGAAACUGGUGAAGUCGCUGCCACGGGCAGCAACUCACAUGGUCAACUUGGACUGGGGACGUCACAAGAUCAAGUGGUUCCGGUCAAAAUGUUGGUGCAUGCUCCAGUGAAGGGCAUAGCUGCAGGAGAUUUUCAUUCUGUUUUACUGUUUCAGUCUGGUGACGUUUAUGCCGCUGGUGACAACGGCUAUGGACAACUUGGUAUGGGAGGUUGGAAUGAGCUCAUUCAGCCUGAGCACCUGGUACUGGGACCACAGCUAGGUGCCGGCGGAUCAGCCCAAGUGUUCCGAGGACACUGGAAGGGCCAAGAGGUGGCGGUGAAGCGAAUCUCUGGCGUGGCACACUUGGAGGCCAUGAAGAAGGAGAUUGACGCCCUCCGCAGGCUGAGACACCCACGCUUGGUCCGUUUCAUCGGUGCAUGUGUGCAACCACCGCUGCUACUUGUAGUUACCGAGUACAUGGCUGGUGGAUCGUUGCAUGACUGCCUUUUUGGGCCUCGGAAGACAGUGCCACUCUCCACUUUGCAGCGGUGGACAAUUGCUGGGCAAACUGCAGAGGGCCUAGCAUUCUUGCAUUCGCAGCGGGUGGUGCAUCGGGAUCUGAAGUCAAUGAACAUCCUUCUGGACUCCACUAAACAUGCAAAGAUCUGCGAUUUCGGCCUGGCGCACCAGAUGUGCAUGGAGUCCACUCACAUUGCUCGCAAGCUUGAUGGCGAGGGCGGCUCUCCGCGGUACAUGGCACCAGAAUGCUAUGACGCCAAGAUUGGCAAACUGACAGAAAAAGUCGACAUGUGGGCUGCCGGUUGCAUCCUGAUUGAACUCUUUGCAGGCAUCCUGCCAUAUGCAGACUGCCAGACCAUGCCGCAGUUGACUGCCAGGACACUGCUGUCUUUUCAAACUGUUGUGUUUGUAGUUUCCUGCCGCUUGCUUGAGCCUCCGACUUGGCUGCGGUCGUCCGCAUCGUGGCGAACGCAGGCGACACCAGAGGCGCGUUGGCGGUGA